GCGAAGGCAAGACGCAGGCGCAGUGUGCGUCGUAGGCUAGGGGAGGGAUGUGGGGGAAGCGCCGGCCCACUGUUUGUUUGGGUUGUGGGCGGUGCACGCGUAGCCCGGGAAAAGCGGGAAAUGGCCGCGCCGAGCGCUGGUUCCUUGCCUGCGCUCCAACAGAAGGGGUUAAUGGCCGCUGACAGGGGGCGCAGGACAUUGGGAGUGUACGGCAUGCACCCUGACCAUCAGGAAACUCUAAAAAAGAACCGAGUGGUGCUAGCCAAACAGCUAUUGCUGAGUGAGCUAUUAGAACAUCUUCUGGAGAAGGACAUUAUCACCUUGGAAAUGAGGGAGCUCAUCCAGGCCAAAGUGGGCAGUUUCAGCCAGAAUGUGGAACUCCUCAACUUGCUGCCCAAGAGAGGUCCUGAAGCUUUUGAUGCUUUCUGUGCAGCACUGAGGGAGACCAAGCAGGGCCACCUAGAGUGUAUGUUGCUCACAACCCUCUCUGGUCUUCAGCGUGCAUCCCCACCGUUGAGCUGUGACUAUGACUUGAGUCUCCCUUACCCAGUGUGUGAGUCCUGUCCUCCUCACAAGCAGCUCCGCCUGUCAACAGAUACUGUGGAACACUACUUAGAUAAUGGAGAUGGUCCUCCUUGCCUUCAGGUGAAGCCUUGCACUCCUGAAUUUUAUCAGACACACUACCAGCUGGCCUAUAGGUUGCAGUCUCGGCCUCGUGGGCUGGCACUGGUGCUGAGCAAUGUGCGCUUCACUGGAGAGAAAGACUUGGAAUUUCGUUCUGGAGGGGAUGUGGACCACAGUACUCUAGUCACCCUCUUCAAGCUUUUGGGCUACGAUGUCCAUGUCCUACAUGACCAGACUACACAGGAAAUGCAAGAGAAACUCCAGAAGUUUGCCCAGUUACCUGCACACCGUGUUACGGACUCCUGCAUCGUGGCACUCCUCUCGCAUGGUGUGGAGGGUGCCAUCUAUGGUGUGGACGGCAAACUGCUCCAGCUACAAGAGGUUUUUCGGCUCUUUGAUAAUGCCAACUGCCCCAGCCUACAGAACAAGCCAAAAAUGUUCUUCAUCCAGGCCUGCCGUGGAGAUGAGACUGACCAUGGAGUUGACCAGCAAGAUGGAAAGAACCACACAGGAUCCCCUGGGUGUGAGGAGAGUGAUGCUGGUAAAGAAGAGUUGCUGAAGAUGAGACUGCCCACUCGCUCAGACAUGAUAUGUGGCUACGCCUGCCUCAAAGGGACUGCCGCCAUGCGGAACACCAAAAGGGGUUCCUGGUACAUUGAGGCCCUCACCCAAGUAUUCUCUGAGAGAGCUUGUGACAUGCACGUGGCCGACAUGCUGGUCAAGGUGAAUGCGCUUAUCAAGGAGCGUGAAGGCUAUGCCCCUGGCACGGAGUUCCACCGAUGUAAAGAGAUGUCUGAGUACUGUAGCACUUUGUGCCGUCACCUGUACCUGUUUCCAGGACAUGCUCCCACGUGAUGCCACCUCCCUAUUAUACAUGCCAGAUGGAAGCCACUGGAUCACAGGAGGUGUGAUAGAGCCUUUUCUCUUCAGGAUACAGGAUUUCUGUUCUUUCCCCUCAGGGAUGUGGGAGUCUCCCAGGCUUGGUUCCUCUGCCCAUCAUCUCCGCCUUUGAGUAUAGAACUCCAAGCCAGCUCCUCCUCUGUGAAGCUCUUUCUCUGUGGAUCUGGCUCUUGUUGGUCUUGUUGCUAGGAAUAUUUUGGCUGCAGUUGAAGAGCCUGACAAGUGACAUUGUAAAUACAGUGUGUCAUGGGGAGAGGACAUGUGGGUUUUUCUCCAUGUUUGUGUUCACUUCCUGCCCCCAAGGCUUUGUAGGUAGCACUUUGGAAAUUGCUUUUAUUACAUUAGUUAAGAUGUCUCAAAGACCAUGUACUAUCUUUCCUUUAUUUCCUAUCCCCAGCCCCAUUUGUUCCAGAGUGAAAGUUUGGAAGGUGUCCAAAUUUAAUGUGGAUGUUUUCAUUUGGCUUUAAAGAGGCAGCACUGACUAGAGACACACUCUGCCAUUGUGUGUGCGAGAAAGAGGCCUGUGCGUUCCCAUCAGUACUGCAGGGCCACCCAGUGGAAGGACCUUGGCUCCUCUGGAUUCAAAGCACCCUGCCUUUCCUGAGAAUUAGGUAUGAGUGCCUCCUAUCUGUACCUUGCCGGUUUUUGCUCAUAGACAUCUCAAAAAUCAAUCCUCGGCCAUUCUUUUUCUAAGCUUUGUUACUGAAACCAGCCUUGCAGGGAAUGUCACGGAAGGCCAGGAAGAGUAGUGUCCGUCCUCAGACUGUAGCCUCCUGCCGUACUCUCUUGUUCCUUCCUUUGAAAUGUCCCUCUCUCUUUCAUUCAGCCAGCCUGUACUGCGUAUUCGGGUUUCUGGAAGAGCUUUUCCAGUUCUAGCUCCCUGCUUUAUGCCUCCCUGCUCUUUACCUUCAUUUCAUCCUGUUUGCUGCCACCAAUCUGUCCAAAAUAUUAUUUCACUGGAUUGUCUGGCCACUCAAAGAUGUAAUAUGCCUCCUUCCUGCUUUCUGCUUUGCUAUUAAACUCCCCUUUGAUUUUAGCCUUUAUUUCAUCAAGGCCUUUGCUGUACAUGUUGCUCCAUUAACCUAGAAACCUUUAUCCCUACUUAUCUGAAACUUUACUGUUCUUUCAGUACUUUCACUCUCACCCCCUCCAAUCUGUUCUCCACAUAACAGUAGUUUGGGUUUUUUUUUUUUUAAUUUUUAAUUUUAUUUUAUUUUUUGUGACAGAGUCUCACUUUGUCACCCUCCGUAGAGUAUGUGGCGUCUUAGCUCACAGCAACCUCAAACUCUUGGGUUCAAGUGAUCCUCUUGCCUCAGCCCAAGCAGCUGGGACUACAGGUGCCCACUUCAACGCCUGGCUAUUUUUCAGAGACAGGGUCUCACUCUUGUUUAGGCUGGUCUUGAACUCCACCUGCCUCGGCCUCCCAAAUGCUGGGAUUACAGGCAUGAGCCACCACGCCCAGUCUUGGUUUUGCUUUUUUUAAUACAAUAGACCCUCUCAGUAAGUUGUAACCAUCGAAGGGGCUGUAACAAACUGGUCAAUAUACAGAGGUGGCCACAUAAGGAACGAGGCUGACUGUGUACAUGUGGUGCAUGUCUAGUCUAUGAAAAUCAGGUCAAUUUAGGAGGUGGUCAGCCAUGGAGGUUCUCCUAUAUAAAUCUGAUCAUGUCUGGCUGGAACUCCUUUAGCACUUCCUAUUAUGUGUUGUUAAAAAUUGAACUCUUUACCUUGGUUUGUGAGAUCUCGCGCUUGCCUUCCCCUACAAUAUCAUUAAAUGGUGAUAUCUCACUGCACUUAAGCCCCAAGGGCCUCCUCUCAGUGUCCCAACGUUUUGAAUUCUUUCCUGCCCUCCUCUUGCCCUUUUGAGCUCUCCAGCCCCACCACUUUUGCCUUAGGUGGCAUCUUUAUUCUUUAAGUCUGGAUUUAAAUGCCACUUUCUUAUGCAGGAUGGCCCUGGGCCAUUGUGUUUCUAAGCACAUCUUUUCCUGUGUCUCUAUUACUACAUCUUGUUACCUUCAUUGCAAUUUAUAAUUAUAUAUUUGCUUGUUUUACUUGUUCAUUUCUCUUUCCUCUUUACUGACUAUAAAUGAGGGCAAAAAUCUUUUUUUUUUUUUUGAUUUACCAAUAUGUACCCAGUGCCUGGCAGAUAGUAAGUCUUCAGUAAAUGUUUGUUGAAUGAAUGAAGGAAGGAAGCAAGCUAAUCCCAGCUAAAAUCCCUCGUUUGAUAGAAUUUCCCUUUUGCCAGUAUACAUGUUUAGUAUUUGUACCCUUAUGUUUUACUACGUGUUUUUUUUUUUUUUUUUUAAUCCACUGGUAUUUUUAGCUACUUGAGGACACAUCAUGUGUGAGACAGCUUACUUCUUAUCUCCCAUGGUGCUGAGCAAAGUGCUAGGCCUGUAGUAGCCAAGGUGCUCAAUAAAUAUUUGUGCUGUGAGCCAGGUGGUUUGAAGACUUGCUGCCAAGUCCUGCCUUGGGGUCAGCAUAGUAUGGAAGUAUUUGAAUGAUAAUAACCUUUCCAUUCCCACUGCCAGGAUUUUGUAUUGCCAUCAGGUGCCAAAUAAAUACUCAUAUUUAUUACUGAUGUGU